UAAAAAUAAAAACCAACCCCCAUUAUUUUCCUCUCCGGCUCUCCGCGACUGUAAAACCCCCCUCCUGCCUUUUCCUGUCGUGCCCUCCACUCUUCUCUUACUCUAAACCAAAAGGCCGUGUCCAAGUCGCCGGCGUCCAAUCCAGCCACCGUGAUUGUCAAUUCAGGGUUCGGAUCAUGGGUUUGAAAAACAAAAGGUGGACUUCAGAAUGGUAGAUCGAAUUAAAUGGAUCUGCUUUGCUGUUAUUACUGUUUUUCAACACUCUCAAGCAAGUCAGUCAUUGUUGCGUAGCAUUUCAGGCUUUAAUUUGUAGUGUAAAGAUGUGAACGUUGUUAGAGAACCGCUCUUUGCAUGUAGCAAGAUGUGCAAAAAAGCAUUGGGCUAGUUCAUGUAGCUCUACUAUAACCCCUUUCCAGAACCUCUAAUGUUCAUUUCACUGCUCUGACUUCAAAAAAGAAGAAUCCCGUGCCAAAUAUUGGAAUUGUGCAGUAUCUUUCACCCUUUUUCCAGGGACUUUUUGAUAUCGAUUUUUAAAAAAUUGGGCUAUGAGAUAAAGUUUUUCUUUUUAGAAAUAACGUUUGUUCCACAUGUUUUUAACUGAUUAGUUUGAUACUGUUCUGGCAUCCUCUUUGCUUCAUUAUGUGCUAAGGACGAUUUUAAAAGUUUAAAUUUCUUGUACGACUCUUCUGAAAAUAAUUUUAGAAAGGAGUCCUGGCUAUCAACAGAAAUAGAAAUAUAGAUGUAUGUUUUUGCAUGUGGCGCAAUUAGAAUUUCUGUACCUCCAAAAUGAUACACCACUUAUAUGGUAUGUAAAUGAGAAACAAGGACAAUAUGUCUGAGCUAAUUAGAGUGUAACACUAAAGGCUUAAGAGUAAAGCAUGCUUUGUAUCAUUCUACAAUGUGAAGUGGUCCCUUGUUGAAUGUUAUUUUUCAAGUUAUCCUUGGGGAAUAGUUAGAUUUCUGAUUUCUGAUUCCUUUUCCAUUGAUUUUGCUCUACUGAAUCCUUCUACUUGUGCCUUCUAACCUUUUGAUAAUUUCAUCAUGACAAGUGUUUUGAAUGGCUGUGCCAACUGACUCUGAGCAAUGAAUUAUAGCUUGUAUUUAUCAUGUAGACAAACAAACCAUUUCUCCUGUUUGAAAGUAGAGAUUGUCAAUUGCGGCUGGCUUUCAUGAGCGAUACUUGGUUUUAUAAUCUCCUUUUUAGCGGCUAAGAAUUUAACUGCCUAUUCCCUUUCAAUUUUUGGUGAAGUUUUUUGCUUCAUAAAAUAGGCCUUGCUAAUUUGCAGGCUUCAGGUUUUCGUUUGCUUUUUCUGUUGAUUAAAUAUAAUUUAUAAUUUGGGCAGUAUACUUGAGAGGUUGAAGGCUGUGAUUUUGGAGGUUAAAGGCUGUGUUGUGGUAAAGCUUCAAUUCUAAAUGUAUUGAAGCUUACCUGUGAGUUUUUACCUAACCAAACAUCGAGUGAGUAUACAUGCAAUGGAAAGAGGUGAAAGUUCUACUCCUCCAUCCAACAGUUCCGUUAGCAAUGACAAUGUUUGGGCAAAACUUGUACCCUCAGAUUCACGAUAUUCUGAUAUUGAAUUGACUUCGAACGAGACACUUGUAUGCUCAGAGAUAAGUAUCUCAUCUUCCGGUAAAAGUGAGUGGUGCAGAAUCACAAGGAAUAUGGAUCUUGUUUCGGCCACAUUCCAUAACAGGAGAGGAAACAAAGUUCUUGUGGAUGAGAUAGUUGUCCGGGGUGAUGAUACAGCUGUCAUCAGAUGCGGUAGUGAAAUCAUUCCUGGGUUUUCUGGUGAUGGUGAAGGGCUUUUGAGGUAUAGAUUCAAAGUAAUGCCUGCCCAAGAAUCUGACAAAAAACAGUUGAACAUUGUUCUGGAUGCUGAGCAUGCAAAGUGCUCUAUCUGCCUUAAUGUUUGGCAUGAUGUGGUGACUGUUGCUCCGUGCCUUCAUAACUUUUGCAAUGGAUGUUUCUCGGAGUGGCUAAGAAGGUCCCAAGAGAAACGUGCAGAUGUUCUCUGUCCUCAAUGCAGAUCAGUUGUACAGUUUGUUGGAAGAAACCAUUUUCUACAUGGUAUCGAGGAGGAUUUAUUGCAGGCAGAUGAUUCACUCAGAAGAUCAGCUGAAGAAAUUGCUGUCUUAGACUCUUAUGCAUCCAUCAGGUCUCCUUUGGUCAUGAGCACCAGCAGGCGGAAAAGAUCACGUUCAGUUCCAGACAACGAAAAUAGGGAGGUAGCUUGUCGACAGUGUGCCACUGAGUUUGCUGGAUACAAGUGCAACCCCAGCACAGUUCACCUGCAAUGUCAUGGAUGCGGUGGAAUGAUGCCCUCAAGAACUAAUAAUGUUCCACAACAGUGUUUAGGAUGUGAUAGAGCAUUUUGUGGUGCUUAUUGGCAUGCUCAGGGUGUUGCCAGAGGUGAUGCUUACCCAAUUUGUAGUCCCGAGACUUUUCAGCCGAUUGCUGAGCGUAUUACCACUAGAAUGCCCUUUUGGGUACAUGAAAAAAACCGGCAUGAACAAGAUAUAACCGAAAGUUGCAUUCAGAGGAUGGGUAGCUCAUUGCAAGAUGUGAUCUCUGAAUGGGUUACGAAAAUGGAGAAUCAAGAAUUGGAUCGAACAUUUAUGCAACUAAAUCAUGCUGAGUUGAUAACUGCUCGGACACAUACUUGCAAUGAUUGUUAUGGUAAAAUAGUUUCAUUCCUUUUGUACUGGUUUCGGAUAACAAUGCCGAUGCGUUUUCUCUCCCCGGAGGCUUCUCAAAGGGAAGAUUGCUGGUAUGGGUAUGCAUGCAGAACACAGCAUCACAAUGAAGAGCAUGCCCGGAAGCGAAACCAUGUGUGCCGGCCAACGCGAGGUACACAUAGGUGAAGAACAUAGGGCUUACAGAAAACUGAGGAAAGGCAAGCAUUAUUUUCUACUGUUGCACUGUACAAAGAUAAGAUCCUCGGUUGUCAAUCAUCAGUUUUCUUUCAUCUGUUCUGUUAUUUUGUUAAGCAAUAAUCCCCUUCAGAAUUUCUUUUCUGUAGAAGGGUGAAAAUGAUUAUUGUGAUUCCUCCAUUUUGUGACGAGUAUUACAAGGUCUUUUUUACAUAAUCGUUUUCUUUGUACUUGUUUCGUUUCAAAUAAUCCAUUAAUUUAACUCUUUCGCUACAAAUUUUGGGAUGGAUGGAACAACUACA